AUGUCUGAUCACUUUGGCCCGAUAACUUUGAAAUGGGAUCCUAAGAAUUUAGAGAUCCGUACCAUGUCUGUAGAAAAGACAUUGGAGCCUUUAGUUUUACAAGUCACUACGCUUGUAAAUACAAAGGGUCCUAGUAAAAAAAAGAAAGGAAAGUCAAAAAGGGCCAGUGCUUUAGUUGGAACUGUUGAAAAAGCAACUAGCAAUUUUAUUGAAAAAGGUGAACAGAUAGCUUAUGAAAAUCCUGAUAUUACUGCAGAAAUGUUAAGUGCUGUUGAGGAAGUAAAAAAAACAGGUGCUGCAAUGAGUAUUGCCGCCAGAGAAUUUUCUGAAGAUCCUUGUUCUUCUUUAAAAAGAGGCAAUAUGGUUCGAGCAGCAAGAAACUUAUUAUCUGCAGUAACGCGUUUGCUUAUUUUAGCAGAUAUGGUUGAUGUGCAUUUGUUGUUGAAGUCACUUCAUGUGGUAGAAGAUGAUUUAAAGAAAUUAAAAAAUGCAUCUUCACAGGGAGAGUUAUUAGAAAAUAUAAAGCAAUUUGGAAGAAAUGCAUCAGAACUUAUGAAUCAAGCUGCAAAACGUCAACAAGAGCUAAAAGAUCCUCAAUUAAGGGACGACUUGGCUGCAGCAAGAGCUGUUCUUAAAAAGCAUUCUACUAUGCUUCUUACUGCCUCUAAAGUUUAUGUUCGACAUCCUGAAUUAGCUGCAGCAAAAGCAAAUCGUGAUUAUGUUCUGAAGCAAGUGUGUGAAGCUGUAAAUACCAUUAAUGAUGUGGCACAAGGAAAGACUCCAGUUGACAGCCAACAUCCUUACGAAGGACCUGGAGAAUUGGCUGCUGCUUUAGAUGAUUUUGACGAAAGAAUGGUAAUGUCUCCACUUGCAUAUAAUGAAGUACGUACAAGACCCAGUCUUGAGGAAAGAUUGGAAAGUAUUAUCAGUGGUGCUGCAUUGAUGGCGGAUUCUUCAUGCACUCGGGAUGAACGUAGAGAACGCAUUGUUGCAGAAUGUAAUGCAGUUAGGCAAGCACUUCAAGAUUUGUUGAGUGAAUAUAUGAAUAAUAAAAACUCGUGAUCUUCGUAGACAAUUACGAAAGGCUGUAGUGGAUCAUGUAUCUGAUAGCUUUUUGGAAACAAGUGUACCUUUAUUGGUCCUUAUUGAAGCUGCAAGAAAUGGCCGUGACAAAGAGGUGGAAGAGUAUGCACUUGUCUUUACAGAACAUGCCAAUAAGCUAGUUGAGGUUGCCAAUUUAGUAUGUAGUAUGUCCGGAAACGAAGAUGGUGUAAAAAUGGUGCGAUAUGCGGCAGCACAAAUUGGAAAUUUGUGUCCACAAGUAAUUAAUGCAGCCCGUGUGCUUGCAGCUCGUAAUCGAUCUAAAGUAGCUUUAGAUAACAUGGAAGUAUUCAGACAAGCAUGGGAGAAUCAAGUAAGAGUAUUAACAGAAGCUGUUGACGAUAUUACUACUAUUGAUGAUUUCUUAGCAGUAUCUGAGAAUCAUAUCUUAGAAGACGUAAAUAAAUGUGUAUUGGCAUUACAAGAAGGUGAUGCCGAUACUUUAGACAGAACUGCGGGUGCAAUCCGUGGACGAUCUGCCAGAGUGUGUAACGUUGUUCAAGCAGAAAUGGAUAAUUAUGAGCCUUGUAUCUAUACAAAACGAGUUUUAGAAGCUGUAAAAGUUUUAAGGGAACAAGUGAUGCCGAAAUUUGCGCAAAGAGUAGAAGUCGCGGUAGAUGCAUUGGGUAGUAAUCCUGCUAAAGAUGUGGAUGAAAAUGAUUUUAUCGAUGCUUCAAGAUUGGUAUAUGAUGGUGUUCGUGAAAUUAGACGCGCUGUACUGAUGAAUAGAGCGGAUGAGGAUUUAGAUCCAGAAGAUGUGGAACUUGAUGAACAUUAUACAUUAGAAACUCGUAGUAAGUCGAGUGCUCAAACUGGUGAACAUGGUGUUGAUGAAUAUCCAGAAAUUAGCGGAAUUACUACAGCCCGUGAAGCUAUGCGUAAGAUGCCUGAAGAAGAUAAACAAAAAAUUUUACAGCAAGUAGAGUAUUUCAAGAGUGAGAAACUGAAGUUCGAUAAAGAAGUUGCCAAAUGGGACGAUGCAGGGAACGAUAUUAUUGUUCUUGCUAAACAUAUGUGUAUGAUUAUGAUGGAAAUGACUGACUUCACAAGAGGUCGUGGACCUUUAAAAACAACUAUGGAUGUUAUCAAUGCAGCAAAGAAAAUUUCUGAAGCCGGAACUAAAUUAGAUAAAUUAACAAGACAAAUAGCAGAUCAAUGUCCAGAAAGUUCUACUAAAAAAGAUCUUUUAGCAUACUUACAACGUAUAGCAUUAUAUUGUCAUCAAAUGAAUAUUACAAGCAAAGUUAAAGCAGAUGUACAAAAUAUUAGCGGAGAAUUAAUUGUAUCUGGACUUGACAGUGCAACUUCUCUCAUUCAGGCAGCUAAAAAUUUAAUGAAUGCUGUUGUACUUACUGUUAAGGCUUCAUACGUUGCAUCGACUAAAUAUCCUCGACAAUCUACAGUAACUUCUCCAAUUGUUGUAUGGAAAAUGAAAGCGCCAGAAAAGAAACCGUUGGUUCGUCCUGAGAGACCAGAAGAAGUCAGGGCAAAAGUGCGCAAAGGUUCACAGAAAAAAGUGCAAAAUCCAAUACAUGCACUUUCCGAAUUUCAGAGUCCUACAGAAAGCGAAGUAAGUAAUACAUUGACUCUCAAUACUACAAAAAAGUCAGAAAAAAUGUCCUUCACAGCCUGUGUAAGACUUUCACUUGAGAUCUUCAAGUCUUUCAAGACAUAUGCUGAUAGAGGACCAGAAUUAUGA